UCCGACCUCACAAAGAUGGCGGCGCCCGGUACAAAGUGCAGCGGGCUCGUUUCCGCUUGCAGAAAAGUGGGAAGUUUUCUCUUUAAUUCGGCGUUUAUCGCUAAGGACAUGGCGUGGAUCAACAAAAUGGACUCGGAGAGACCCACCAAGCUGGAGUUCGCGGUGCAGAUGACAUGUGAGAGCUGUGCGCAGAAGGUUCGAGCUGCUUUAGAAGGAAAACCAGGAGUGAAGUCGAUCAGUAUCGACAUCAGUAAGGAGGCGGUGCUGGUGGAAUCGUCCCUGACCAGCGCAGAGAUUCAGGCCCUGAUAGAGAGCACCGGGCGCAGGGCCGUGCUGAAAGGCAUUGGGGGAUCGGAGCAAGAUCUGGGGGCGGCGGUGGCCAUGUUGGACGGCGGGGGCUCCAUCCAGGGCGUGGUGCGUUUCCUGCAGCUCUCCGAGGAGCGCUGUCUGAUCGACGGGACCAUCGAUGGGCUGGAGCCCGGAGCCCACGGCCUGCACGUGCACACGCUGGGGGACCUCACACAGGACUGCCUCAGUGUUGGAGAGCACUUUAACCCCUUCGGGAAGCCACACGGUGGUCCAGGAGACUCCGACAGGCACGCCGGCGAUCUGGGAAAUAUCGUCGCCGGACCAGACGGCAGAGCCUCGUUCAGGCUAGAGGACACCCAGCUGAAGGUGUGGGACGUGAUUGGUCGAUCUCUGGUGGUGGACGCGGGGGAGGACGACCUGGGCCGAGGCGGCCACCCUCUGUCCAGACAGACCGGGAACUCCGGCCAGAGACUGGCCUGUGGGAUCAUUGCCCGCUCCGCCGGCCUCUUCCAAAACCCCAAGCAGAUCUGCGCCUGCGACGGCGUCACGCUCUGGGAGGAGCGAGACCGACCCAUCGCCGGGAAGGGUCGCAGCAAGGCCGCCACCGAGACGCCGUCCGCAAACCUCUGAGCCGGCUGGAGCGUGGAGGAGGACGGAGAUUCUCCCGGAACAGUUCUCUUUGUGUUGCACACGGGGUUUUCUCAUGCACUGACGCAGGUCUGGACGUUUGGAAAGCGGCGUCUGAUCAGGGAGAAGUUGGUUAUUUGUUUCUCACACUUGCACUGGCUGGAACGGAUGUACGUGUCUGAACUGCGGGGGACAAAAUAGACGUUACGAUCGUCAAUAAAUGCACUCGUCUUGAGAAAUAAUUCCACAAUGAAGCGUUUUCAAAAGCUGAUGCCUGCAUUUGUUUUCACUAUUUCAACCCACCGAUAAGCUUGGGGCAGAUUCUGUAAAGACAUCUGAAGUCAGACGUCGCUUCAGCUCUUCACUGAGUCUCUUUAGCUGUCUUCUCUCAUUUUAACAGAUUUAUUUAUUGGUUUUUAAAGCUUGAAUAUGUGUCAGACCAGAUUCAAAGAGGAAUGUAGAGAUACAGUGAAGUAGCGUUCUGUUUUUAUCUCCUUCAGCUUGGAGCAGACUGACUGACCCUCGCUGUUUGCUGAGUUUAUGUUGUUCUCUGUUCAUAAGGCACUUGGUUUUUUUCCUUUAACUUAGCAAAGAUGUCAUAUUAAGCCAUUGAUGUGAAAAAGAAAUGGUGUAAAUAAAGUGUAUAAAUAACCUAAAUCAAACUUAUUUUAAAUUAAAAUGAAAAGUCAU